AUGAUGGCAGCGAGGGACCUCAAAGUCGGGCGAUAUCGUGAGAAACUCGAGCAAAUCCGCGACUCGCUAAAGCCGUUUGUUCAAAGCCAGGAUGAACCUAUCGCGACACCAUCCUAUACAGUAUCCCUGGAUCAACAAGAACAGAUGAUCAAAUUGAUGACGCAGGCCGGCACUGAUCGGGCGCUGGCCAGCCGUGCUCUCCAGAUCGUACAAUUCAAGAGCAUCACCGCGGCCAACCAACUGCUCAAUCAGCUUAGGAACCCUUCUGAUUUGCGCCAAUCGGACCGAGACCACCAAGUCUACAACCCACAACUGCCGAACCAGUCGCUGAACAGCAUCAACUCGAGCGGCUACGGCGGCAGCUCCCUGAUGUCGACCAACAAUUUUGGGUCAACGCCGAAUUUUGGGAAUUUCACGGGGCAGCCGUACGGGUUCGCGAGCACCAGCUACGUGGAGGAGAGUGAAUCUCCCCGCUCGGCCUCCCCGUCAGCUCAUCAGAUGGCCACGAUGCAAUCGCCCUACCAGAACCGUGCCUACCUGCCGGCACCUCCAAAGGGGAACUGCCGAUCGCACGUCCAUAUGCAAAUUCGACAACCCGAGCCCGGCGAAGAAAUUCCGCGAAUACCACGCGUUGUCCCCAGCACGGCUCGAGGCCCGAUGAUAUCCAUCGAGAGGGCCCCAAAGAAGGAGACGUCAAGGGCGUGGAUGAACAUGGGAGAAGGGGAAGCGCCACGGAAGGAACCAAUUCAAUGGAUUAAGGAGUCGUACGCGUACGCUACGCACUACUUGGCCCCCAGUGGUGUGAGUACGGUCACCGGCGUCCCCACCGGGAUGCAGGGCGUCCAGAACAUCCUCGUCGACCCGGACAUCAGCCGUGAACCCCACCAGAUGAAGCACUACCGCGAUAAGUUCUGCACCCGCGGGCCCCGCAUCGAGCAUCAUGGCCAUAAAAUAGGACGAGUGUCUCCGAAUCAAAUGCCGAGCACUUCCCGGGAUUACUAUCCCCCGGAAAGGAGUUCACCAUCGGGUCCGACUUGCCAUCUGUCUUCACUGCCGACAAGCGUCGAAAAACGGAUACGAGACAAGACCUUCGAAUCGGCCGUCAAACCCAUCACGCCCCAUCUCUACCGCUUCUUCAUGGAACAGCACGUCGAGCGGGUCGUCCAGGCACAUCGCGAGCGACAAAAACGGGCCAUGCAGCUACAAAAAGAAAUGGAAGCGGUGAACAUGUCGGACAUGAUGAAGGACAGCAUGUUGUCAUUUUUGAUUCAAAAGGAAAAUCGGUAUAUGCGGCUGAAGCGACAAAAGAUGAGCACAAAAAUGUUUGAGGUGCUCAAGGAGAUUGGCGUCGGGGCAUUCGGACGGGUGGCCCUGGUGAAGAAGAAAGACACGGAGCAAGUCUACGCGAUGAAGACGCUACGAAAAAGUGACGUCAUCAAAAAACAGCAGGCCUCUCAUGUCAAAGCAGAACGCGACAUUCUCGCCGAAGCGAAUUCGCCCUGGAUUGUCAAGCUCUUCUUCUCUUUCCAGGACGAAAGGUGUCUAUAUUUCAUCAUGGAGUACGUGCCUGGCGGGGACAUGAUGGGCAUGCUGAUCACGAUGGGUAUAUUUCCGGAAAAAUUGGCGAGAUUCUACACGGCGGAGUUGACCUGCGCACUGGAGUACGUCCAUUCCCUGAAGUUUAUACAUCGCGACAUCAAGCCUGACAACAUCCUCAUCGACCGUGAGGGCCACAUCAAGCUGACCGAUUUCGGGCUGUGCACCGGGUUGCGGUGGACGCACGACCGGAGAUAUUAUGGCCCGGAAAAUGAGGAUUAUCCGUCACACAGUCGCCACGACUCGCUGACGCUGCCAGACGACCUGAAGCGAGCGCUGAAGGAGAACAGCAAGCUGCUGCCGCUUAUCAGCGAGCAGAGCGAACGUAUUGGCGGCCGGGCCGGGGCCAGCGAGCUGAUGGCGCACCCCUGGUUUAAGGGGAUCGAUUUCGCGACGCUUCGCCAGCAAAAAGCCGAGCAUGUGCCGCGCGUCGAACAUCAGGAAGAUACGCAGAAUUUCGAGACCAUCGAGUCAGCGGAAAGUCCUUUCGAGACGUUGAGCAAGGGGAAGGCGCCGGCCAACCCAGCCUUUUACGAGUUCACGUUUCGGCAUUUCUUCGACUAUGAUGGACAGGGAUGCCCAAGUCUUCGGCCGAGCAAGCGUCCCUCGCUGGCUCCACUCUUCGAAAACGGGCACAGUGGUGGAAUGUCCUCUGGCAUCGGGCACCAUUCCCCCUCGACGGCAUCUCAGCGUCCAUCGGGCCGCCCAUCCACCCAUCUACAGCAUUUCGGCGGACUCUACAAUAGCCCACUACACGAGGAUGACGAUGAUGAUAGUGGGGAGUCGUUUGUCGUC